AAACAAGUCACAACACAGGCACAGGAAGCGCACUUGCUACGUGAUUUUCGCGCGAGAUUUUGCGAGAGUUGAAAGAGUGAGUUCCCUUCCGUCUAACCUUGAGGUAUUGGAGUUGUUUCUACAAUGAAGGGGCUACGUGUUGUAUCUCGAGGUUUCUCCACCUCAGCCAUCAGAAGGGAUGUCCAGGACAUGAAGCCCAGAUUUCUGGUUCCCAAAAGUUCUCCAAGCAAUCCAUUCAGCUACGAGAACUUAGUAGUCAAAAGAAUGAAAUACUACUUGAAACCAGCAACUGAAUUCACCCAUAACAGAACUCCUUUUGGUAAACCGUACACCAUCUUUGUCACAGCUUUUUCCAUGGCUUACUUUGUGUACUACACAAUUGAAAGGGCACUGUAUCUACCAAAUGCCCAAAAAUCUUAGAUAGGACUGUUACGAAGAACUGUUUGAAUCAUAUGAUACAUCUAUUGUAAUGUUUAAAACAAUAAACCUUGAAGACCUCUA